AUGAGUGAGAAAAAAUAAAAAAGAAAACAGAAUGAUAAAGAAGAUGGAGAAUGGAAAUGCUUAGAGUGUUGCAAAUCCUAUCUAUCCUAUCCAGCCUUUUAUACUCAUUGCAAAACUAAGCAUGAUUCUAAAUGGCCAAAGCAAUAUAGUACUCCAAGACCUUUGGAAGAAAUAAAGCGUGAUAAAACAAAACCUAGAGUAAAAUACAAUUGAAAUAAUAGACUAACAUGGAUGAGUAAAAAUAACAUGAGAAAGAAGAUUAAAUCUUUGAAUUUUUGGGUAAAUUAGGGUAAAGUAAUGAAGAGGAAGAUUCAUCAAAUAAUUGCAUUCGACACUAUUUAAAAUAACCCAUUGAUCCAAUUAAAUCAUUAAAUGAUGAUUUAUUUUAAGGAACAAAUUAUUUAAACAUUUAUUAGCAAAUAUUAAAGGAAUUGGAAGAAUUAAAUAAAAAAGUAUUAGAUUAGGAAGCAAUAUGGGAUUUUAAAGAUCCUCUUACAUUAACAAAUGAAUUAGAAGAAUUCACAUUUUCUAAUCUCAAAGGAAUGUUUCACUAACUAGAUGGCCAUUUGAAUGUAAUUAAUGUAAUUGCCAUUUUUAUGGGAUGGCUAAGUAGACAUCUAAAAAAGAAUGCUUAUUAAGAUAUAUCAAUAAUUAGUAUUAUUACUGCAUAUUUCUUCUAAAAUUAUUAAUCAUUAAAAUCUUAAGAAGUUAACACAGAAGGAAAAUUAGAUUUAAUGUCAUUAGAUUAAAAUGAAGCAUAACAUGAUGAUUAACGUAAAAAAUAAUAAGAAUAUUGUAAAAUUGAUAAGUAGAAUGAUACUGAUUUAAAAAAGGAGGUUUUAUCAUAAAUGAACAGUUAUUUGGUAUUAGAAUUAAUAUUAUAUUCAUAGAAAAAAGAGUACAAUAAAUUUUAGAAUUAAGUAUCAUAUAUUAGAACACCUGACAUUGCCUAAGCUUUCUUUUGUUUAUUAAUAGAUUGGAUAGAAGCAUAUUCUGAUCUAGAAGAUUAUAUUGAAAAAGGAAAAGAAGUUCAUUAGGAAAAAUAAUAAUUGUAAAAACAAGAUGAAAAAGGAGAAUGA